ACGCCUUACUGGCAGACCUGGAAUCCACCACCUCACUUAUCUCCAAACGGCCACUGUUUCUCGCGGAGGAAACACCUUACUCCUACCCAACUGGAAACCACACGUACCAGGAGAUUUCUGUGCCACCUCCAGUGCCCCCACCACCUUCCAAUGAGGCCUUGAAUGGCACUGUGAUUGACCCCUUGGACCAGUGGCAACCCAAUACACCCAGAUACAGCCACCAGCAACCUCAGUCCCAGUCUCCUAUAUACAGCUCUAGUGCCAAAAGCUCCAGUGCCUCAGUGCCUAGAGACGGGCUCAGCUCUCCUUCUCCCCGUGCCAGUGAAGAGGAACACGUCUACAGUUUCCCAAACAAGCAGAAGUCAGCGGAACCAUCUCCCACAAUGAACAGCUCCUCUCUGGGCAGCAACCUCUCAGAACUGGACAGACUCCUUCUGGAACUGAAUGCUGUUCAACAUGCUCCAGCUGGUGGCUUCCCAGCAGAUGAAGCUGGCAGAAGCCCAUCAUUGCCCACUGUGACUGGUGCUCACUAUGUUGUCCCAGAGAACAGCAGCCCUGGGGGAGUGAAGACUGCACUCCCGACAAAGGAAAAACCAAAGCGAAAUGGCGCACGCGGCAUCGAGGAUGUGCGUCCCAGCGUGGAGAGCCUGCUGGAUGAGCUGGAGAGCUCUGUGCCAAGUCCAGUGCCUGCGAUCACCGUGAGCCAGGGCGAGGUGAGCAGCCCCCAGCGCGUCACGGCCAGUCAGCAGCAGACACGUAUGUCUGCUUCCUCAGCCACGAGAGAGCUGGAUGAGCUGAUGGCAUCUCUCUCUGACUUCAAGUUCAUGGCCCAGGGAAAAGCUGGGAGCAGCUCCCCUCCAUCCACAGCCUCCAAGCCUGGCAGUCAGCUGGACACCAUGCUGGGAAGUCUCCAGUCUGACCUGAACAAACUGGGUGUAGCUACAGUUGCCAAAGGUGUCUGUGGAGCCUGCAAGAAGCCUAUUGCUGGGCAGGUAGUUACAGCCAUGGGGAAAACCUGGCACCCUGAGCACUUCGUCUGCACCCACUGCCAGGAGGAGAUCGGCUCACGGAACUUCUUUGAGCGGGAUGGGCAGCCCUACUGCGAGAAGGACUACCACAACCUCUUCUCCCCUCGCUGCUACUACUGCAAUGGGCCCAUCCUUGAUAAAGUGGUGACGGCCUUGGACAGGACAUGGCACCCUGAACACUUUUUCUGUGCCCAGUGUGGAGCUUUCUUUGGACCUGAAGGAUUUCAUGAGAAGGAUGGUAAAGCCUAUUGCCGCAAGGACUACUUUGAUAUGUUUGCUCCCAAGUGUGGAGGUUGUGCCCGGGCUAUCCUGGAAAACUACAUCUCUGCCUUGAACACCCUGUGGCACCCUGAGUGCUUUGUCUGUCGGGAAUGUUUCACCCCGUUCAUCAAUGGCAGCUUCUUUGAGCACGACGGGCAGCCCUACUGCGAGGUGCACUACCACGAGCGCCGCGGCUCGCUCUGCUCCGGCUGCCAGAAGCCCAUCACAGGACGCUGCAUCACUGCUAUGGGCAAGAAAUUUCACCCUGAACACUUUGUCUGUGCCUUCUGCCUCAAGCAGCUCAACAAAGGAACCUUCAAAGAGCAGAACGACAAGCCCUACUGCCAGAACUGCUUCCUCAAGCUCUUCUGUUAGAGGCUCCGUAGACGGGCGCUAAAGCAUCUUUCUGCCACCCCCUUGGCAGUUCUGUCUCUCUGAACAUUACUGUGAUUUAGGAACCUUUACCAGGCAGGGGA